AUGUCUCGUUCUCCACGCACUCCUAUGCGUUCGCCUGCUUUUCCCGACAUUCCAAUCUAUCUGGAUACGGGUGAUGAACGCAUGACAGCAAAGACAUAUGGCACAACACCUACGACCCCAACCACACCGGACAUCAUCCCUCCUCAACGCCCGACGCACCUGAGCCCGUCACAUAUCAACGCGCCACCCAUCAGCCCGGUUGAGCCAAGCCCUACAACCACUAUCGAGACUUCUAGUUGCCGGUCAGUCAUCUGGCCCAUUCCAGAGCCACCACCAGAGGUGCAGUAUCAGCAGGACUCUCGUCGACCAACCCUUCGGUUCUUCCCGACUCAACGCCCUCGAGUCCGUCUUGACACCGUUCAUUCCCUACAGAUUCCUUCCAUCAACGAGAAGACCCCGAUCAGCUACUACCAUCCGGGGCUCGGUAUCGUCAACGGCCCUCCUAAGCCCCCAUCUAUCGAGAUCUCUCCACCCAUCAACGAGAAGUCCGACCCUGAGGCCAACAUCGCACAACGUAUCGAGGAGACCUUGUGGAGAUACAGCGCAUCUGGUAACAUCUUGAAAAGGUGGUUGCUAGAAGUACUCAGCUGGCUCUUCAGUGCGAUUUGCAUGGCUGCGGUGAUUGGGGUACUAGCCAGACUCAAGGAUGAACCGCUGACCAAGUGGGUCCUGGCCGAGAAGACUGGGCUGACACUGAACGCAUACAUUUCCAUACUCUCAAAGAUGGCGGGUGCUGCUCUCAUCCUCCCCGUAUCGGAAGCCCUUGGCCAACUCAAAUGGAGUUGGUUCCUCGAACACUCCAAGCAGAUGUGGGAUUUUGAGAUCUUCGAUAAUGCUUCACGAGGUCCAUGGGGCUCUCUUCUUCUACUCAUUCGGACUAAGGGCAGAGCACUAGCAGCGCUUGGAGCUAUGAUUAUGCUGUGUUCUUUAGCACUCGAUCCUUUCUUCCAACAGGUAGUCGACUUUCCAGAUCGAUGGGCACUGCAAAGCACAUCAAGCACAAUUCCAAGGGUUAUAGACUACCAACCGCCUUAUAUUCCGGCAUAUAUGGGUGGAGACGAGAUUACUUCCGAAGACAGAGCGCUGGCAGCUGUAGCUCGGGAGUUCUUUUAUAACAACGGCACUCAGCCUGUCCCUUUUGGCAAUGGCACAAGGCCCGACAUACCUCUCUCUUGUCCAACCAGUAACUGCACCUGGCCUGAAUAUGAGACUAUGGCUGUUUGCAGUAGUUGCGAAGAUGUUACAAGUUUGCUGGAUCUGACAUACGUUUGUAUGGACACAACUAUUGACUGGAGCGUGAACUGGACAGGACCUCUUGACGACAUGCCGUACCCAAAUGGUACGGUCUGCGGAUACUUCCUCAAUGCCACAAGCGAAGCACCCGUCUUGUUGUCAGGAUACAGCGUUCAGAACGAUAGUUCUAGCGAUCCCGGAGAGGCGCUCAUCGUGCGGGCAGUGCCACUUACCGAUUUCGACACCAAGCUGCCGUUCUACGGCGACGGAUCGAUCGUGUUCAAGGACAUCCGCAACCCAAUUCUGGAUGCGCUCAUUGCCUCUGCUGUAGGUGGGCCCGAGAGUGUUUAUGCAAAUAAGACUCCAAUCAUCCACGAAUGCAUCCUCUCAUGGUGUGUGCAGAGCAUCAAGUCUUCGUACGACUGGGGUCGAUACAGCGAGAACAUCACAUCAACCUACCUCAACAACGCCCCCGGACCCAUAACAUGGCCUUGGGAAACCUUCGAAGCAGACACUGGGACAUUCAUGCUAUAUGCGCAGAAUAUCACCAUUGAACCACCAACGUCAAGGAUGGCUCACUCCAACACCACAGUGUUGAACACAACGUAUUCUCUCAACAACAUCACUGCAGCCAACACAAUGAACUUCUUCGAUGACUUCUUUCCUUCGUACUACACCGCCGCCAACAUCUCGGCAAGACCAAGACUACGAUACAAGAAUUAUUACGAUGGGCCCACUAGCCAGGAGCUUUUCUUUAACCCAUGGGAAGCUCCUAACAACCUGACUCGUCAUAUGGAGAGGCUCGCGACAGCUAUGAGCAACGUUAUGAGGUCGUCCGCCAGCCGUAACAUGGUUUUCGGCGCAGCGUACAGCCAAGAGAACUACGUGUCGGUUCGUUGGGAAUGGCUCACUCUCCCACUUGGUCUUCUUUGCAUCUCUUUCAUUUUUCUGGCCGCUACAGUACUUAAGUCUGCCGUCGAGCGGGAUCGAGUCGGGGUGUGGAAGACGUCAGCAUACGCGACUCUACUUUAUGGCCUACCAGAUGAGAUGCAGCAGAAGAUCACCAGAUCUGGUAGUACUGGAACUCCAAGAGCCAAGGCGAAGGAACUCAAAGUAAAGUUGCAACCCAAUCAUGGCUGGAGAGUCUCUGGAAACUUGUUCUCGCCAUUUGUAACAAAACCUAAGACAAAUCUACCUCCUCCCGGUUGGAUCUAG